AUGAAGCAUGGCAAAGAACUUGACUUCGAGUAUGUUUGUCUCCAAUUGAGCAACUUGUAUCUAGGCAUGGCUAAUACCAUUGAAGACAAGGAACAUCCUCUUGCGGGGGUGGUCCUCUGCUUUACCUCUAUCCUACCAGAACAACGGACUGAGCUAGCGACAAUUGCUAGUCAAAUGGGAGCAGCACACAAAUUCGAUCUUACGUCCGAUGUCACACAUUUGCUUGUCGGCGAGAUCAAUACCGCAAAAUACAAGUUUGUCGCGCGCGAACGAAGCGACGUCGUUGUACUAAGGCCAGAAUGGGUCGAAGCAGUACGGCAAUCAUGGAUGCAGGGCGAGGACACGGAUAUACGGGCCUUGGAGCAGCAAUAUAGAUUACCGACGUUCAUGGGGUUAUCUAUCUGCAUAACAGGAUUUGAGGAUAUGGCUUACCGCAACUAUAUUCAAGAUACAGCUGCGUCGAAUGGCGCUGACUUCAGGAAAGAUCUUACCAAGAACGUUAGCCAUCUCAUCGCGUGGAAUACCGAAGGCGAAAAAUACAAAUUUGCAACGCAGUGGAACAUCAAAGUUGUUACGCUCAAGUGGUUCACAGACAGUAUAGAGCGCGGGAUGGUGCUUGAGGAAACCCUUUAUCACCCUCUCCUACCACAAGAACAACAGGGCACAGGUGCUUGGAAUCGCUCUGUGUCAGCUAUCAAGGAGAAAGCGCCAGAUAGUGGGAACUCAUCUGGUCCGCGACCCCGAAAAUUGCGCAGGAUUGCAAGCACUAAAUUGGUGGACCAAAAUGAAGGAAUCUGGGGCGACAUCGUGGGUGCAGGACUCGAGAACAACGAGCUUAGACGGUCUACAAACAGCCAGCCAAAGCACAACCAUUCAUCAAUGACAAGAAGAGCGUCAAUUAUACAGGAAGCCAAAUCGUUUGCGAGUGAAACCACUUUUGCGGACGCUCGAGGAUCUCGUCCUGAUACCUUGGAAGCAAAGCCCACAAUCAGCAAUGGUUUCCUAGAUGGUUGCUAUUUCUUCAUAUACGGGUUCUCUUCCAAACAGACGAGCGUACUCCGUCAUCAUCUUUCGUCCAAUGGAGCUCAGUUAGUGAGCUCUCUGAGCGAGUUCUCUCGUCCAGAUAUUCCAAAAAGAGGGCACGGACUUUAUACCAUUGUAUCGUAUCGCACACCCCAGUCUGAGGUCCCGUCUACGGAUGAUCUGGCGUUUGAAUGUGAUGUGGUCACAGACAUGUGGUUGGAAAGGUGCCUUGAUGCGAAAGCCCUUGUGCCGCCUGAGACUCAUGUCGCCUGUACACCUGUGCCACUAUUUCCGAUCCCAGGGUUUCACGGCGUGAAGAUAUGCUCAACCGGUUUCUCACGUAUAGACUUGUUGCAUCUAUCCAAACUUGUUGGUCUAAUUGGUGCAUCAUACGAUGAGUAUCUGACGCCCAAAGCAUCGGUCAUGAUCUGCAACGACUCGCGCACCGUCAAUAAUGAAAAAUUGCGGCACACCGCUGAGUGGAAAAUCCCAACUGUAUCCGCAGAUUGGCUAUGGGCGUCUAUCCGAACAGGCCAGAGGAAACCAUUCGAGCCAUAUAUCAUAGAGAGGUCAUCUCAGAGUCAAAGGAGUCUGGAAAUGCGAGCUGGCUCUCGCACAGAGCAGACACAUCUUUCUGAAACAUCCGACAAGCCUAACAGAACAGCGCCAUCGGAUCGUGGAAAGGAAAAGUUGCAAUCAGGCAGUUCCAAACCCAAUAGAACAGCAGGUGACAGUCCUGCCAAAGAACAAUCGAACCCUCGUCGCGAACAAGAAGCCGCGAAACCCCAACCGCCGCAAAAACGGCCAUCCAUCUCCCAAGCAUCAGUAUCGCCCGCAAAAGAACAUCCAACAGCAAACACCGCCUCUCCCUCCAACAAACGAAAAGCGUCAGAUCAACCCACGACCUCCGCCGCACAGUCGGCAAUCGAACUCGCCGUAAGCGGAUUCCUUAAACAAGCACGCGCGGCAAACUCCCGCCCAAAACUGGACACGGGAGAUCAGGAGAGCGACAGCCUUCGCCGACGAAGACGAAAGCCGCUCCUCGGCCGCGCACCAUCCCACUCCUCGGCGCAGGGGGUGUUCUCGCGCGCCAGCUCCAUCGACACACUGAACGAGGACGGGUGCGGCAGCGCCGUCGAGAGCGUGCCCACGGACGGGAUCGGCUCGUUCCUGAACGGCGCACGGUUCGAGCUCUCGGCAUCCCAGCGCCGCAUCGAAGAGGAAGAGAACCAGGAACCCCCGAUGACGCAGCUGAACUACGAGGACCCGGAUUCUGUCAAAAUGCGAGAGGAGUUCCUCAGCCAUGCGGGCAAGCUCGUCAGCAAGAAAACCCCUGCCGAGCAAGGAACCAUCGUCGGCGAGGUCCGGGAACUGGAGGAUGUGGGAUGGGGGACUGGCCGCAGGACGAGGAACGCGGGUAAGGUCCGGGAAGAUGAAAUAAUGUAG